CCACAUGUAAACUACUUGAACUCCAUUUCAUCUUUUUUCAUACCAUCUCUAAGAUUGCUGCCGCAUUUGCUUGUUAAACUGAAAGCAUGUUUCUUGCAAAGGCUCUAUUGGAAGGAGCAGAUCGAGGUCUUGGAGAAGCUCUUGGAGGCCUCUUUGGAGGAGGUGGUCAGAGAAGAGAAGGAGGAGGAAGAAAUAUUGGAGGGAUAGUUGGAGGAAUUGUGAAUUUUAUCAGUGAGGCUGCAGCAGCUCAGUAUACUCCAGAACCGCCUCCCACUCAGCAGCAUUUCACCAGUGUGGAGGCCUCAGAAAGUGAGGAAGUUAGGCGAUUUCGGCAACAAUUUACACAGCUGGCUGGACCAGACAUGGAGGUGGGUGCCACUGAUCUGAUGAAUAUUCUCAACAAAGUCCUUUCUAAGCACAAAGAUCUGAAGACUGACGGUUUUAGUCUUGACACCUGCCGGAGCAUUGUGUCUGUCAUGGACAGUGACACCACUGGGAAGCUGGGCUUUGAAGAAUUUAAGUAUCUGUGGAACAACAUCAAGAAAUGGCAGUGUGUUUAUAAGCAGUAUGACAGGGACCAUUCUGGGUCUCUGGGAAGUUCUCAGCUGCGGGGAGCUCUGCAGGCCGCAGGCUUCCAGCUAAAUGAACAACUUUACCAAAUGAUUGUCCGCCGGUAUGCUAAUGAAGAUGGAGAUAUGGAUUUUAACAAUUUCAUCAGCUGCUUGGUCCGCCUGGAUGCCAUGUUUCGUGCCUUCAAGUCUCUGGAUAGAGAUAGAGAUGGCCUGAUUCAAGUGUCUAUCAAAGAAUGGCUACAGUUAACCAUGUAUUCCUGAAGUGGGAACUGAGAAGUCAAGAUCCUCCCUGGAGGACAGGACUGAAAACCUUGCCAAGCUAUACACAGUUGCUGAUACCCUGUGCAACAGCUCUCAUUUCCUGGCAAGCUCUUUCACAACCCUACAUAUUUCUGAUCGUGUGCUGCCUUUUACUGCUGAAUUAAAACAGAUAUUUCACGAAAAAUGUUCUGAGUGGUUUGUAUAUCAGCUUUUUGAGAUUUGGCUUUAUAUGGACUUGCAUAUAUAUGGUGGGGAGGUUGUGGGGUAGAGUUCUAAUGGAGUAGAUUUUAAAAGGUGUUGCUUAUUUAGUGAAUAAAUUCCAAGGAGUAGGAACUUUAUUAUUGUUGUUAUUGUUGUUAAGAAUGAAUGUUUUUAAUCCUAGAAUAAAUCAAGAAAGCCCUCAGGAGAUACAUUUUCCAUUUUAAAAAGUUGAGGAGAGAGGUUCAAAAUCUGUUUUUCUUGUAAUUUUAUACCUGGUUUUUCCAUUAUGUAAAAAAAUGAAAAGUGCUUUUUAGGAAACUUAUUUAACCAUAAAGAAACAGGUUCAGACAAUGAAAUUAAGCAGUUUUAUAUAAGGGUAGCAUUUUUUUAAAUGAUGGAGCUACUAUCUAAAAUUCUAAAGUUCUUUAAUUCUGUUUCUUUAGUAAAAAAAGCACAUAGCAAUUUUGUUUUGUUUUGAUACAUUUGUAAAGAGAGUCAAAGACAUUGAGGAAUAAAACAGUAUGCUCAUAGUUCAAAAAUGUCUCUAGCUGCCUUAAUGAAUCAAAAUG